UGUCCUUCAUGACAACAGAAGCCACAGAAAUCCUCCUCAUCAAAAACAUGACUUUGAUCUGCGUCCUCAUCUGGACUCUCCUCUGCUGCUGCUUCACAGAGUCCAGAGGACAGGUCACAGUGACUCAGCCUGCAGCAGUGAGCUCUGCUAUUGGAGGCUCCGUCUCCAUCAGAUGUAGGACCAGUCAGAAUGUUUAUAUUUGGAGCGGCUACCACUAUUUAUCCUGGUACCAACAGAGAGGUGGAGAAGCUCCUAAACUCCUCAUUUACAGGGCUAGCACUCGAGCAUCAGGGAUUCCAGAUCGUUUUACAGGCAGUGGAUCAAACUCUGACUUCACUCUGACCAUCAGUGGAGUCCAGGCUGAAGAUGCAGCAGUUUACUACUGUAAGGGGGAAUUUGAUGUUAGCAAGUACGAUCUGUUCACACACACAAUGAUGAUGUCCCUGAUCCUACUGCUGCUCACCCUGGGGCUCCUUGUUCAGGAUUCAUCAGGAGAAAUCAUCCUGACUCAGUCUCCUCAGACUCAGUCUGUUGUUCCAGGACAGACUGUCUCCAUCAGCUGUACAGCCAGUUCAAGUGUUAGUAGCUACCUGCACUGGUACCUUCAGAAACCUGGAGAAGCUCCUAAACUGCUAGUUUAUUCUGCUACAACUCGUCAGUCUGGAGUUCCUGAUCGUUUUAGUGGAAGUGGAUCUGGGACUGACUUCACUCUGACCAUCAGUGGAGUUCAGGCUGAAGAUUCAGGAGUUUAUUACUGUCAGCAGGGUUACAGCUCCCCGUUCACACAGUGAAACAACGUCGUACAAAAACCUCCUCAGCUGGAGAGGAACUGAUCUGAAUCAGCAGCUGCACAGAAACUGACACCACAGCGGUUUCAAUUAAAAAAUGUUGUCAUUAUUAAUUUAUUUUUAACAUUUAAACACUAAAUACACUGUAUUUAAUGCAAGUACUUAAACUUUGAACAUUCAGAGUUAAACUGAUGUUAAAACAUUUUUCUGACAAUGAACACUAACAUCUGCUGAAAUACGAUUUCAGUUCAUUGAUAAGUUUAUGUAAAUAAAUGUAUUUAAUAGAGUAUAAUAACACGUGAAAACUGAAAUUUUAAGGUUUUUAUUGUCUCUCAUCAUUUGUCAUAAAGACUUAAAUAUUCAUUAUUUAAAACAUAAAAUUUCAUUGGAAGAACAUCAGAUUUCACUCACUGUGAACUUACUGAUACUGUAAUAAGACAUUUUAUUUAUGUGUUUUAUAUUUUAUUCACUGUAUG